AUGGCUGAGGUCGAAGCCAAGGCACCUGAAGCUGUGACGGAGAUCGAUAGUGCCCCUGGAACAUCCACCUGUGAGGAACAGCCUCAAAAUAAACUGGCUGAUGAAGAAGUAAAGGGCGAAAAACCCAAGGAAGGAAAAUCUGAGCCAAUGGCUAAUGGCAAGGAGGAGAAAGGAGAAACAGGUGAAGACACAAAAGAAGGUGCUGAGGGCACCUCAUGUCAUAAGAAAGGAGAGGAGUCCGCAGAAGCAUCUGUGGAGGCCGAGGAUCACAAAGAAGUGGCCGAGGGGCAAAGUCAGUCACACCACGAAGCUGAGGAUGGGAACUAA